AUGGCGAACAGCAAAUUCGAAUACGUGCGCGGGUUCGAGCAGCCCGACAAUCUAAUUCCCAACACCUGGAUCGUAGUACGGAUAGACGGACGUGGCUUUUCCAAGUUCACGUCCAAAUAUGAGUUCCUCAAGCCAAACGACAAGAAUGGCCUUGAUGUCAUGAAUGCUGCAGCCGUGGCGGUCAUGAAGGAGCUGCCCGACCUUGUCCUUGCAUUUGGCAACAGCGACGAAUACAGGACUGCGCCUUAUUCGAACGACGAGCCAGGUCAUAUCAACAAUCUGUACAACACCACUUUCUGGACCCUUGUUCAGCAGGGUGGCAUGGGAGCGCGAGAAGCAGAGCAAAGACUCAAAGGCACAGUGUCAUCCGACAAGAACGAGAUCUUGUUCAAGGAGUUCGGAAUCAACUACAACAACGAACCAGAGUGCUUCAAGAAAGGCACGGUGCUGUACAGAGAUUUUUUCCCUACACCACCGACCGAGGCAUUGUCGUCACCCGUGCUGUCGGACUUCCCAACGCCACCAAUCGCUCAGCCAACACCAAAGCGAGCGUCCAAUCACCGGGCAUCACAGUCUAUUGAGAGGUCUAUCCCCUAUCUGCCGGACAAAAAAGAGAUGAUGGAGAAUCCAGGCCUAUGCAGACGUCCAACCUUUCUCUCCACAACAUCGACGCCAUCACCGCCGCCAUCGCCACCUACGAUUUCGAGAUCAGCAUUCCCCAACCCACUCAGGUCCAAUCCGAUUGGCUCCGAUGGUGAGGGUAACAUGCCAGGUUCGUCCAUGCCGCUCUCCCCGCCAACGACUGCCACCUGGAACAACAAUGGCUCCUUGAACGGCAAGCAACAUCUACCAUCGUUGACGCCUUUGCCGCUGUCCCCACCAAUAUUGAAGCCAAGCAGCAAGCCUCCGAUGUCAUUGAGCCAACCGAAUCCAACAACACGUACCAACUUCUCCCCAGUGACACCGCAGGGCGACUUUCCCGCAGAUUUUCCUAUAGCAGGCUACCGCCACCAUGCCACUGCAGCAGCCAGCCAUGGAUUCUCCCACUCCGCUUCUGCUUCUUUGACACAUUCAUACCCACCUCAAGUAAAGCCUUCGCGUGUCAAACAACGAUCGCCGAGCCAGCCUUCUCUGCCUUCAUAUUUUGCAUCAUCUAGCACACCUGCAGUGAAGCCCCCGUCUAUACCACUGCGAAUAUCCAGCAUUCCUGCCAAUAGCAAGCCGCGGAAACUGUCUUUACCGGUCCAUCGAUCAACGUCAACACUCAAAGCCACGAGAGAUACUUUGGAUGAGAAGGAGAGCAUCGUUAGCCCCCGAGAUGCGACAUCGACGCCGCCCCGCAAAGUCAGCCCGCCGAUUCAAAAGAACAAGGCUCUGCCCAGUCCGCCUAUGAGCGCAGAAGAGGAGAUGCGCACGCGAGAGAAGGUCAAGGGUAACAGCCCACGGCAAGACUGGAGCAAGUACGCCAUGAACGGCAGUGAGUCGCCUCAGCGAAGGCCGAGCGACUCAGACAACAGAGCGGGUCAAGGCUGGGGCACCCAAGACCAUAUCUCUCACCCAGGUAUUGCAGAACUCCACGCCUUUUCCACACCAACACAGUCUGCGCCCACAUCAGCAACCUUGCCAUACCCUCAUUCAGGCCCCGAUCUCCACACCCUAAUCUCCUCAACAUCCGCUGCAGGGCCAAGUUCCCAAGCCUUUCCCACCAGCCGCCCGUCCACCAGCAGCCGCAACAAAGACGCCAGCGCACCUAAACCCUCCAAGUCCAACUCUUCAAAGGCCAGGCCGGAUAAAGGCAAACAACCACAGUCGGAAACGAAUAGUAAGGCUGCAGCUACUGCGCCUCAACAGGCGAACGAAGGAUGGCCCGUACCCAUGAGUCGUACGCAGAGGGAUAAAGACAAGAAGAAGCGGAGUAAGGCGAUGGUGCUGAUGGAGCACGUGGAUAUCAUCAAGGACGAUUUUUGGGAGAAGAGGCCCUGGAUUCUGAGUGGGAAGACGGGUUGA